AUGGGUGCUGACAGCAGCAAGUUCGUCGACUUCGCGACGCAGCUUUGUCUGAGUCGAGGAAAGCACGCCCUGCCCGAUUUGGAUUUGCAGCUGCCGAACGAGUCUGCCAGAACAACGACAUUGAUUUCCUUGGAGCAUCUAAAUGUAAACGUACCUGAGUGGGAUUCCGCGAAUGACCGUUUCUGGCUCAAAGCAAUGGGCCUGGCACUCGAUUCUCGAGCGCAGGGUGUCUGUCAGACAGUGCAGUCAGCUGGAGGUUCGUUGAAGGGUCUUGUUUGGGCCAAUGCUGGCCUACAGCAGAUUCAUAUGCCUUUGGGAGAGCCUCCUCCCAUGGAGGCUCAGAAGCCACCGGGUGUAGUUGGCCUUGCGUAUGCUGACAUCAUGGGCUUGCGAGCCACGCUGAGGGAAGCCGGGGUGAACUUCUCCCCAGUGCCUCUGAAAGACCAGAUGAGCAACCUUCAGGGUGUGGGACCCGUCGCGUUGCAGUGCACAAGUCCAACAGGGGUGAAGAUUUACGCACAUGGCAUUCGGUCAGAGACCUGGCUGACACCUCGCGGCUGGAUGGAUUGCACGGCUGCCAGAGAUCAAGGGCUCGGCCUGCCCAGUGAAGAGGCUUCCCAGUGCAUGGGUAUGCCAUAUAUCCGGCUGCAGUGCCCGGUGGGCAGCACUGAGGGCCUCGCAAGGUUCUACAAGCAUGUCUUCGACACCCAGUCAGAGUUUCGCCAAGGGGCCGAAGGACUUGAGUGCUGGGUGCCCAUCGGUGUGGGCCAAUGGCUGAUCUACCAAGAGAUUGCAGCUGAAGUGCCUUACGACGGAUACCACAUUGCCAUAUAUGUAAACCGUUUUGUCAGUGCAUACCGGGCGGCCCGGGGGCUCGGAAUCGUUUGGAAUAACCCUCGGUUCCCGAAUCUUACAUAUGACUCCGAGGAUGAUGCGAUUCGGCAUCACGAGUUUCGAAUCCUGAAGAUGGUAGAUCCGGAGUCCUCCCAGGUCUUGUGUGAAGUGGAGCAUGAGAUACGUGCACUGUCGCAUGGCGGCUUCUGUGCAAAGGCAUGGCUGGAGCAGGAGCCUGCGUAA